AUGAAAGCGAAGAGUCAUGCAUCAUUAGAACUUUCUAUCUACGAUAAGUUGACAGACCAUAAGUGCACUGGAGGGAUUCCAGCCGUGGCAAAGGGAGGGAUGAGCGUGGUGGAUACUUGGACACUCGGAUCUAUUCCGCGGGUCGCUUCAUUGCCUGGGCCUAACAUGCGUGAAAAAGACGCCUCUCCUCGAAAGAUCGCCCCCAGCGGCCACAGCAGCCCAAAGCAGGCCUCUGUCUACCCCCUGAGUCUCCGGAUGCCUGAACAGCAAGGCGAAGGACCCUUUGACCUCUCCAGGAAUACAAGGGGUCCACACAUGUCUCCUGCCGGACGUCCUCCUCCUCAAGGUGGCGAAGAAGAUCAGCCUCUCGACCUCCGACUGGAUCAUAAGAAGACAGUCAGAAGGGAAGACGAGAACCGGAACUUGAUUCAAGGCUCCCCUAGUCCUGAGGUCCCAGGAGGCUACCCAGUGCUGUUUCCGCACGGACCGAUUCAUCCAAUGAUGUUAGAGGCUAUUUACAGGGACAAAAGGAUACCCUACCCUCCAAGCCCUCCGGCUUAUCCGGCUAGGAACUACCCUUUUCUUCUCAACGGACCAUCUACAUACGAUGUCCGCCCUCAAGCUCUACCGCCUCAGCCCUGCGCCAAAGGUAAAGACAGGUAUGCUUGUAAAUUCUGCGGAAAAGUCUUUCCUCGGUCAGCAAACUUGACUAGACACCUUAGAACCCACACUGGAGAACAACCGUACAAAUGCAAGUAUUGUGAGAGGUCCUUCAGUAUAUCGUCUAAUCUGCAAAGGCAUGUUAGGAAUAUCCAUAACAAAGAAAAGCCGUUCAAGUGCCCUCUUUGCGAUAGGUGUUUCGGUCAACAAACAAAUCUAGACAGACACCUAAAGAAGCACGAAGCGGACGGACCCAGUAUCUUGGAUGAGAGGCAAGAGCCCCGAGGACUUGUACAGCGCAGGAACCUCGGCGAAGACUCCUACUUCGAAGAGAUACGAACCUUCAUGGGGAAGGUGAGCGCCGAAAGCCGCCUCCUCCAGCGGGCACUCCCCUACCUCAAGGACGAGAAGAAGUCGCCCUCACCUUCCAACUCCUCUUCGGCGUCCCCCGGCGCUGAAGAAUGUAAUAACAACACAUGA